UUGAAUAAGUUUGAGUUUCAACCCUCGAGGCUAAAUGCCAGUCAAGUUUAUUUUGCGUAUUUCUCGCACCAUUGGGAGUCGCGUAUCUCCCAUCUAUGGACCAGCCUAAAAGAAAGCCCAAGACUCCACGACAGAAAGAAGGAUUCUUCUACGAUUAUUUUCGUCGCUUCGAAGAUCUGGUGUUCUGGAGAUGAGGCGGUCGUUGCUGAUGAUCCUUGUGUUGCUGUUCGCGAUCGUUGUACGAUCCCUGGCCUCUGCCCUCUCCAGCUUCGAGGCCUCGGAGUCAGACAUUUCUCAGGUGGAGGUUGUUGAAGGCUUCAACGCCUCUCUGCCCUGCGCCAUUCACUCUCCACCUCACGACGAGCCUGUGCUCACCCUCUGGUACUUCGGCACCGAUGAAGCACCCUUCUACAGCUAUGACCAGCGCUCGGGUCGCCACCCAGAGAUCUGGUCGGACGCGCGCCAGAUCGGUCACAGGGCUGUGUAUUUGGCACACGAAUAUCCUCCUGUGUUGGUGCUCCUAAACGUUACGAGCGGCGAUGCUCGAACUUAUCGCUGCCGCGUUGACUAUAACUUCUCCAACUCCAAGGUGGCGCUCACGCAGCUCACUGUCGUGGUUCCACCGCGCAGCAUUCACCUGCGAGUUACAAAAGAGACCGUCGAUGAAGGCCAGAACAACGACGUCGUCUGCUCUGGAGCGGGAGGCUCGCCUGCGCCGCGAGUGGUAUGGGUCCAAGAAGGAAACGUUGUCGACGUAAACUUCAGCGUCAGGAACGGAGUGUCGUACAACAGCCUUGAGACACCGGCGUCUCGUCUCGAUAUGUCAGCUCCCUACACAUGCCGCGUCUCCAAUAAUGACGUCACUCCGCCUCUCAUUAAAUUUUACACUAGGAACGUCACAGCGGGACCGCUGAGCGUGAACAUCCUGCUGGAGGUGGAGCCCUUGGUGGCAGGACGCGAUGCUCGCUUCAUGUGUGAGGUCAGGGGUUCUAACCCGCCCCCCUCAAUAAAAUGGUUCAGAAACGCCAAGCAGCUUCCCCUCGAGUCUUCCAUGAUCCGCCAUUCCGGCAACAUAUCGACUUCUGUUCUGGUGCUGGACAUCGUAGAGGCAGAUCAUGGCACGAAGCUCACAUGCCGAGCCGAAAAUCCUCUACUUCCAGCUGCUACGCUGGAAGAUAUUUAUACUCUAGAUGUCGCGUACAAGCCGAACGUAUCGCUGUCGCUGGGCUGGUCCCUCAAGUCGCCCGAGCUGAAGGAAGGCAACGAUGCUUUCUUCGAGUGCCGAGUUGACGCUAAUCCCCCGCCGUACAAAGUCACGUGGCUGCACAUGGGUUUGGAAUUGGAACACAACGUCCGUGAAGGAAUCUUGGUGAGCGAAUCGACCCUCGCUCUGCAGAGGGUCAACAGAAAGCAAUCAGGAGCAUACCAGUGCAAGGCUUCAAACGUUGAGGGCGACGCUCUCAGCAACCCGGUCAACAUUUCCAUCAAAUAUGCCCCACGCUGCUCCGUUCCCCCGUCGCUGAGGGGCGUGGGGCUGUACGAGCCUACGACCAUAAGAUGCGCUGUCGACGCUGACCCCUCUAACGUAACUUUCCGCUGGACUUUCAAUAACUCCGCCAGGAAAGACGCCAGCGAAUCUGUUUCCGAGAGAAAAUUUACUACAAACGGUCUAGAGUCUGUACUGUCCUACACUCCUUUGUCUGAACGGGACUACGGUACAUUGCUGUGCUUCGCGUCCAACGCGGUCGGUGCACAAGAAAAUCCUUGCUCGUUUACGGUCAUUUCUGCAGGCCCACCGGAGGAAUUAACGGACUGCGUGGUGGGUAACAUCACGUCACACUCGGGCGGGGUAUCCUGCCAAGCGGCCUUUGACGGAGGGCUGCCCCAGAAGUUCCUACUUCAGGUGUGGGACGUAGAAACCGGCAAUUUAGUUUUCAACGCUACAAGCAGCAAACCUUCGUUCACGGCUCACCCUCUGGAGCCUGGCUUGACGUAUCGAGCGGAGGCUUUGGCCUUCAACUCGCGAGGUUCAACUGAGCCUUCGCGUUACAGAUUUGAUACAGAAUCUUUGAUACAGAAGCUUCUCUUCUUGAAAUCAGAAUCUUGA